UUAGCUAGAAUAGAUUCUAUAGAUAAAAUCAGCCUACAAGAGUCGACUAAAAUCCAAUAAUUGAGGGUCAAUGGAAUCCUAACUGAUUCCUAUGUAUGUAGCGACAACACACUUGAUCAUAAAGCGGAAGAAUCUAAAGCAAAACGAUUUCUAUGCUUCAUGUCUCAAUCCCUGAUGGGCCUCCAACAUGUCUUCUCCUUCCCUCUCCUCUUCACUUUCCUACUCUUCUUGUUCAUGGCUAUGAAACACUACUGCAAGCAGUCGAAGCAGAGACUGCCUCCUGGGCCGUGGAAGCUGCCGUUCAUUGGUAACUUGCACCAAAUAUUUGGCUUACUACCCCACUGUCACUUGAGAAUCUUGGCUAAGAAAUAUGGACCCUUGAUGCAUCUACAACUUGGUGAGAUAACUGCUCUUGUUGUUUCAUCGCCAGAGGCAGCAAAAGAGGUGAUGAAGACGCACGACCUUGUCUUUGUGCAGAGGCCUCAACUUCUUGCUGUCAAGAUAAUGUCAUAUGAUUGUAAAAGCAUCGGAUUUUGCCCCUAUGGCAAUUUUUGGAGACAACUGCGAAAGAUUUGCAUACUGGAGCCCUUAAGUGCUAAGCGUGUCCAGGCAUUUGGAUCAAUGAGGGAAGUGGAGGUACAGAAUAUGAUUGAAUCCAUUGCCUUAUCUGGGGGACAACCUGUAAAUCUCAGCCAGAAGCUAUCAUCAUUAAGCAACAACAUAACUGCCAGGGCUGCAUUUGGUUCCAAGUGCAAGGACCAAGAAGAAUUCUUAUCGGCUAUCAAAGAAACUCGGGACCUGACUGGAGGUUUUAACGUGCCUGAUAUGUUUCCUUCAAUUAAAUUUCUUCAUCUCUUUAGCGGGGUGAAGCCUGCACUGGAAAGACUUCAUCAAAAGAUUGACAGCAUGCUCACUAAUAUAAUCAAUCAACACAAGCUGAGAAGACAAACCACAGAGUCUGGCAAUGGUAAACUAGAGGAAGAAGAUCUAGUUGAUGUGCUGCUAAAUCUUCAAGAGUCUGGUGAUCUAGAUUUUCCUCUAACCACUGAGAACAUCAAAGCGUCAUCUUGGUAUGUUAUGUUUACUGCAGGUAGUGAUACUUCAUCGACAACCAUGGAAUGGGCUAUGUCAGAACUGAUAAAAAACCCAAAAAUGAUGGAUAAGGCACAAGCUGAAGUAAGAAAUGUCCUCAAAGGAAAGAAGAAAAUAAAAGAGAAAGACAUAAAAGAAGUCAAUUACUUGAAAUUAGUUAUCAAAGAAACUCUCAGGUUCCAUCCUCCUGCUCCUUUACUACUACCAAGAGAAGCAAGGGAAAGAUGUGAAAUAAAUGGAUACGAAAUAGCUAUCAAGACUAGAGUCAUCGUCAAUGCAUGGGCAAUAGGAAGAGAUCCAGAAUACUGGAACAAUCCUGAGUGCUUUGAACCAGCAAGGUUUCAUAAUUCUUCCUUCGAUUUCAAAGGGGCAAACUUUGAGUUCAUCCCAUUCGGAGCUGGUCGGAGGAUGUGUCCAGGCAUCUCCUUCGGUAUUGCAAAUAUUGAACUUCCACUUGCCUUGUUAUUGUAUCAAUUCAAUUGGAAACUGCCAAAUGGGCUCAGACCUGAACAACUUGACAUAAGAGAGUCCUUCGGAGUAACUGUUAGGAGGAAGAAUGGCUUGCACUUAAUAGCGACACCUUAUGUUCCUUUUGCGCUUUUGUCAAAGUGCAUUCAGCAAAAAUAAAAAUGCACCUGCAAGAGAACUUCCUGGUGUCCAACCAGCUGGAAAACUUGAAGCACCUCUAAUGAUUAUAGUCACUCUUUGCUACAAUUUUCUUUUGAAUAAAAAGACAGAAUUAAACGCAGAGAUGGAAACCAACAGCACAUACCCUAUACAGAUACAGGAUAAUAGUACAAAGUAGUUAUAUUGGAAACUGAAAAUGAUAAGCUUUAAUGAAUGAGCUAAAACUGGCUUCUGACCUUGAUCCUAACACAGAUAAAUCAUACUAUAUAAAUACACUCGUUUGCUUGUUAUUUUAUUACUUUCUUUGAUUUUAGCACUGUUAAAGCCAUCCUUAGAUAUACUUACAGAUAGUCUUUAAAUCAGACAAAAUAACAGUUCAUCUGACCAUUGACACAGAACAACAUUGAACCCCCACCUGCAGGUUGAACAAUAAAAGGUACAAUUUUCCAUCAAAUAUAUGAAUUUUUAAGCUCAUGCAGAGCCAGGAAGAGGUCAGAUGUAAAAAUGUAGUCCUUAGGCUGCCCAGAAAUAGAGAAGCUACCUUUGCUCAAAUUUCUUCAUCCAUUAGAACAGCAAUGCCAGAUAUAAAGAGUUCGCAAAACACUCAAAGGGGUUGUUGAUGACAAGCUCAGGCAAUGGAUCAAUGCUGAUUGGUUUCAACGAGGUCAGUCACUUGAUUCUUCCAUAGCAAAAUCUGAAUAGUUUCCACUUGGAGAUGAUAGGAGGAUGCAUUCAUGCAAAUUUUCCCUUAUCCCAAAUAUUAAACUACUGCUU